AGAAUUCCUGACGUGCCUUUGCCAAAUUUGCUAAAGGCUCCCUGUGGAAAAAAAGGAGGAAACGCUAUUAGAAAGUUAAUAAAAACAAAGCAAUGUGUUACUGGAUAAAAGGCGAAGCUGCUGUGUUAUCCCCACCACGUUAAUUGCUCCAGGCUGCACACACACACACCCGGCAGCUCGAUCAGGAUAACCGCUUUAACGCUGCCUCCCGUCAGCUUUCUCCCAGAACUGGCUGCUCAGGACCAUUUAGUGAUGGAUUUCAAACUGACUCCGUGCUUUGCAGCAGGAUUCCUUUUAAUCGUUGUUUUCACUGGGGCAGUGGGAAAAAUGACUGGACUGGAGAUACAGAUCAAUGCGAACCCACUGGCUGUGGCAUUUGGAGACUCUUUGGUGAUGAACUGCAGUACACCAUGUGCAACACCUCACAUCAUCAUAGAAGGCCCAAGGAAUAAUCCAAAAAUAGAAAGCGAUCAGUGGGUCUGGAUUAAUUUCACAAGUAUCCGGUCGUGGUCUUUCUCAGUAAUAUGUUACAUAGAAUGCUCAUCGCAGCAUGGCAGAAUAUCAGAACAGAUAACUGUAUACAAUCGAGAGAUAAACAUUACAUCACUCCCUGAAGUGCUGGAAGUUAACAGGAGAUAUAGUCUGCAGUGCAUCGGACCAAGAGUCUACCCAAACAACAAACUCAUUCUCACAUGGUUGAGAGGGAGUGAGAUUGUUCAGAGAAAUUCUGCAGAAAAACAAGGUCUUCCGGAUGAAGAUAACAGGUUGAGAAAUGUCUUCAAUUUCACUGCAAGUCUAUCAGAUGAUGGACAGGAGUACACCUGCUUGGCUGAAGUGGACUUGGGCUCUAACACCACAAUGUCAAUCACAAACUCCUCUGUCACUCUGCAAACCUACUAUAAACCAAUAAUUACAGCUCUGUUAGCAAAUAACAAAAGUGUUUCCGAGGCUCCAGUCUAUUUCAGCCAAGGUGACAGUAUUACAUUACAAUGUGACAGCAAAGGGAAUCCACAGCCAACAGUGAAGUGGGAAAGUCCCAAACAAGGCAAUAUUGUGAUUAAUCCUCCAGGGAUUCUCCGUAUUUCUGAUGCUACAGCCAAAAAUUCUGGAGUAUAUAAAUGUUCAGCUGUUAAUCACCUUGGAGCUGAAGAGAAGAUCAUGGACAUCAGAAUCCAAAGCAAAGCUGCAAUUAUGGCUGCUGCAAGUGUUCCUGCGAUGGCUGCCGUUAUCCUUGCUACAGGAACGAUCCUUUCUUACUGGAGGAGGAAUGUCAAUAAAACAGGAAAAUACGAUCCACAAAAUGCAAAGCCCAACAACAAUCCACAAGUUCCCAAUGAAAUACAGUAUCAGGAAUGAACAGCGCAACCUGAAAAGGAUUAGAAUAUGAAACAAGGUUUUUCCAUUUAAAAACAGUGUGUCCAACUAUUCUGGAAGAUAUUCUGGGCUCGAGUUUAUCUGCAGGCUCUCUUGCCCUAUGUCUUGGGGUUUCUGCAGGUGAUGUAGCAGAACCAUGCAAAUAUUAACUCCCAAUUCUUUCUGAAUGGCCUCUCCCUUCUCUCUCUCUCUGUAACCUUCUUCAGCUGUGACUGUCAGAACUUUGAGUUUUGGAGUCUGGCUUCUUGCACAUCUGCAUUUUUAUUUCCUGUGUCACUGUCAUUCCUGCCUUCUGUGUCAAGUGUCUAAGGAACAGAGGCCCAGGAGCCCAUCCAGUCCCUUGAGACUGUUGCACUGUAAAGUUGUUUUGAUGCCAUGUCUCUCUAGGACUCUAACAGAGCCACCCUGCUGAUUCCAGAGCUUCCAGCCUCAACACUGAGCAACUCUUGAGACUUCUAGUAAUUGGGCAUGCUGUCCACAUCUUCCAACUUAAUACAGUCACGCAGCAUGGAAACAGACCCUUCGGUCCAAUCAUACUCCCAAACUAAACUAGUCCCACAGCUUCUGCCCCAUAUCCCUCCAAACCGUUUCCUACCCGUGAUCCCAUCUAAUGUCUUUGAAAUGUUGUAAUUGUACCCCCGUCCACCACUUCCUCAGGAAGUUCACCCCACGUGGUGAUGUAGGUAAAAUAUUACCAAGUACGAUUCUACAGUGAGUCAGACACAGCUUAUUAACAAAAACUUUAGAAGUUUUUCGGUGAAGCAGGGACCUCAAAGGGGCCUCACCAAACUUCUCGGCCAUUACAGACAAUUUCAAAGCUUAUAUACAUUGGCUGUUACUAGCCACCCCUCCCCCAAGUCACGUACACAGUUCUCUAAUCCGUUCCCAGUGUCUGGCAAAGCAGGUGGUUCAUCUUGAUUGUGUAAAGUUCGAUCUUUGUGUUGUUGAUCUCUUUACUUCUUCCUUUAGUAAGUUAAUGUCUUUUAAAAGGUUAGUGUCUUUAAAAGUUGAGAUAACAAGGCAUGGAGCUGGAUAAACACAGCAGGCCAAGCAGCAUCUUCAGAGCAGCAAGGCUAAUGUUUCAGGCCUAAAAGUUAAUGUCUUUACUUCCUUCUUCAGUAAAUCGCUUUACUUACUCCUUCAAUGGGAACCACCCUCUGCGUAAAUAAUUCGCCCCUCAUGCCUCUUUUACAUCUCUCUCUUCUCACGUUAAAAAUGUGCGCCCUAGUCGAGAAACCCCACCAGCCUAGGGAAUGUUAAAAGCCAACAGGUGUCCAAAUCUAAGUUGACGUUGUACCCUGAAUCCAGAUUGUCAUUCAGGAUCAGUCUGAAGGAUAUCAGUAACGAACGCAUAGGAUGCUGGAGAAACACAUGUCUGUCAGCAUCUGUUGUGAAGAAGAGCCAUACCAGACUUGCAAUAUUAACUCUGCUGCUCAUCUCACAGAUGCUGACAGACCUGUUGAGUUUCACCAGAUUUCUCUCUGUUUGUUUUAGAUUUCCAGUACCCACAGCAUCGCGCUGCUGUUGAAGGGAAGCUGGAUUGUCCAGCAAGGUGUUCCUUUUAUUGUUUCAGGGAGGCAUGAGGACUCUGGAUGGUUAGAAUACGCUUUUAGUAUACUUGAAGGAACAUUGUCUUCCUUCCCUCUCUGUGGGAAUGAAGCCAGUGAUUUCACAAGCUUCAAAAUCUCCCCUCCCCCAAAAACCAGCCCAGCCCGUCUCUGCCUCCCUAACCUGUUCUUCCUCUCACCCAUCCCUUCCUCCCACCCCAAGCCGCACCUCCAUCUCCUACCUAUUAACCUCAUCCCACCUCCUUGACCUGUCCGUCUUCCCUGGACUGACCUAUCCCCUCCCUACCUCCCCACCUAUACUCUCCUCUCCACCUAUCUUCUUUUCUCUCCACCUUCGGUCCGCCUCCCCCUCUCUCCCUAUUUAUUCCAGUUCCCUCUCCCCAUCCCCCUCUCUGAUGAAGGGUCUAGGCCCGAAACGUCAGCUUUUGUGCUCCUGAGAUGCUGCUUGGCCUGCUGUGUUCAUCCAGCUCCACACUUUAAUAUCCAGGAUCGAUUAGGUUUAAGUCAGCCUGGCAGAGUAAAUUCCAAAACAGAAUGUUGUUUCCUGUAAUUCUUCAUCCAGAUAAUUUCAAAUCGUCGGGAAUAAUACACUCAUUGAGUAGAAGCAAAGAAUGUUUGUAGCACUGGAGGAAGCCACAGGAGCAUCAUAUCUGGCCUCAUUCCCUGCAAAAACAGCUGAGCUCUUCUCACUACAUUGACCUUUCCCUGUUGUCCUGAAAAUGGUCUUUCUUCCAGUAAUUGUUCAAAUCUGUUCAUAAAUCCAUGACUACAUCUACCUCCCUCAUAUUCUGAGGAAGCACACUGCACAGCUUCAUCACAUGCUGACUCAUCAGGUUUUCCCAAAUCAGUGUUAGUUCUUUCAAAAUUCACAUUCAAUCAAUGUCUGCUGGCCCUGAGAUCACGGACAUCCAGCCUGUCUGCAUUUCCUUCAAGUUUCCUUUCCAGUUUCUUGGAAAACCUAAGGCGAUUGUAUCUGUUCAUUGUUAAAGUAAAUGAAUAGCAGACUCUCAAAUAUCUAAUGCUGAUAGAUUGAAUUAAAAAGCCUUUCCUCUCCCAUGUGAGAAAAGACUGGGUAGAAGUUGCCUUGGUGGUUUCAGGGAGUUGACCCUACGCAGAAAUGAUAUCCUUCUGCCUGGAUGUAGGUCUGUUUCAGGAUUAGUGAACGACAGGCCAAAACUGAAACAGCAACAGUCAGAGUGGAUCACACAGGGCAGAUCACAGAAGGGGCCAAAAUGAUUGUGAGAAUGAGGGGCAAAUGAUAGAAAGGCAGACAAGUCGUGAACACGGUGUGUUUUGGAUAUCCGGGCUAAAGUUCAUUUCUACAUCAUCCCAACACCACAGACAUGGUGAAAAUAGGAAGAAAACCACUGUUUACAGCAUGAACUGUUAACAAUGAUGCUGCUCAUGUUAAAUACUUUGGAAGAAAUUACCUCGGUCUAUAUUUGGUCUCAUUUUCACUCACCUGCCCCCAAAUGCAGAUAACACACGGCAUUACAUAGAGGCAAUGGCUUGAUGGUGUUAUCACUAGGCUGUUAAUCCAGAGAUCCAGUAACAUGCUGGGAACCUCCAUUCAAACCCUGCUGUCCAGUUUAUUUUAUUGAGUUCAAUAAAAAAUCUGGAAUUAAGAUUCUAUUGAAGAUCAUGAAUCCAUUGUCGAUUCUUGGGUAAACGGAUCUGGUUCACUAAUGCCCUUUAGGGAAGGAAACUGCCAUCCCUUACCUGGUCUGGGUCACAUGUCACUCUAGACCCACAGCAAUGUGCUGACUCUAAACAGCAAUAAGUGUGGGCCGAGCCAGCGAUGUUCACAUGCUGUGAGUGAAUAAUAAAAGAAAUAAAAUGAACAUCUUGUUUUGCCACGAGAUUGCUGCAUUAGGGUCAUUUCGAAUCAGGUUUGUGAGCUACAGUAUAUUAAUUGUGUAAUAAAGUCCAUGAAAUAAAUUGAAUUCAAGUGGGUAAUAAAUUGCUUUGGUGAAGGACUGAGUCUUCUCUUUUGUAACUGUAAGGCAUGUCUCUGUUAUAACAGUGACUAAAAGUACUCCUUUGGCUGGAGAGCACUUUGAGAUAUUCUGGCGCUAUAUGAAUGCAAGAUUUUUUUUCUUUGUGAAUUAAAGCUUGUCAGUUUGUAAGGACUUAGCUGUGGGUUCUCUCCUUCACCACAUAGCACUGUAACAUGCAGCAACUGGCUUUAUCACUGAAAUAAAACGGGAUAUGAA